AAUGAUUGUGAUGGUGUUGGUGAUGAUGGUGGUGAUGAUGAUGAGGACGACGAUGAUGACAAUGAUGAUGAUGAUGAUGAUGAUGAUGAUGGCGACGACGACAAUGACAAAACACUAAGGGGCGUGGCGCAACAUGGAGACAGGGGACGACUGCCUCCUCUGUUUUUUUUUAAGUCGUGAACUGAGAAAGGAAGAACCGUGAGGAAAAUAAAUGAUACGUCUGGGUCGUCCAACGCACCCUCUUAACAAUUUUCGUCACAAUGAUGACGAAGGCUAUGGAAGAAGAAGAGGAUAUGAUGAAUUGUUCCAUCCAGGCCUUAUCAGAAUAUAUAACUUUGAAAUGUGGAUAAUAUCAUGUUUUUAAUACAUGUGAAUAUCGCUUAAUUGCACAAAACAUGAUUUUUUGAAAUAACUGCUGAGAACAAGGAAAAUACACAUGGAUGCUUCGGUUUUAUCUAGUAUGGGAACUGAAAAUAAUGAACCCUAAAUGUAAACGUGUAUCGAGCCUGACUUGACCUUUUAGACUGAAGUUCAAGCGAUUAUAAAUCACAUGAUAUAGGCCUACUGAUAUUAAUGUGUCUGGUUUGACUCUUGGACUGAUCAGAAACCAUGGAAGAGAAACAGCAGACAAAUAACAGCCAAACCAGAGGAAAUUAUACAAGAGAGUUAUAUUCUGCCCCUUGGGUUAGGAACCCUACUACUGCACAACUUGCAGAUGUGGCGAAAAAUCUAGGAUUUCAUUUAGAGGAUGAAGAACUCAAGGCUUUCCAUACAAUGAUAAAAGGUAACAUCGAUGUGAUCAACAGUACCGAGUCUUUGGUCGAGCCCCAGUUACCGACAAGGUAUCCCAGAUUACCUGGCUACAGACCAGACUCGACAGAGAACCCAUACAAUGCGUGGUACUGGAAAUGUGAAAUUCACGGAGCAACCUCUGGUGGAAAAUUGGCGGGAAAAAGAGUUGCUAUCAAGGAUAACAUCGCCGUGGCAGGGGUGCCAAUGAUGUAUGGCUGCCACGCCCUCGAAGGCUAUACACCAAACUUUGAUGCCACUGUAAUCACAAAGAUAUUAGAUGCUGGAGGAAUAAUCAAUGGGAAAACUGUAUGUGAGAACCUAAUCUCAUCUGGAGGAAGCUCAUCGGCUGCAAAGGGUCCUGUACUUAACCCACAUGAUACAACGCGCACAAGUGGAGGAUCGAGUUCUGGAAGUGCUGUUGUAGUGCAGGUAGGGGAUGCAGACAUGGCGAUCGGUAGUGAUCAGGGUGGAUCUGUCAGGUUACCAUCAUCAUGGACUGGUAUAGUAGGAAUAAAACCUACCCAUGGUCUCGUGCCUUAUACCGGAGCCUUGGGGAUGGAUGCUGCCAUUGACCAUCUUGGACCUAUGGCACGGACGGUCAAAGACUGUGCCCUCCUUCUCGAGGUUAUUGCUGGCUACGAUGGUGGAAUGGAUCCUCGCCAGCAACCGAACAUUACUGUUCCAGAAUAUACAAAAGAGUUGGAGAAUUCAGAUGUCAACGGACUGAAGAUCGGAAUACUUGAAGAAGGGUUCACGGCACCCAAUGCUGAUCAACGAGUCAACACUCUUUUAAAAGACGUCAUCAACAGACUAGCUGAUGUGGGAGUUGGUAUCGAGGACACAUCUAUACCUCUACAUACACAAGGAGGUGCAAUUUGGCAAUGUACAGAAGAGGGUAAUCACGAAAACAUGUUCAGACUUGGAGGAAACGGAACUGGGCACACGGGAUAUUAUCCAACAAGUUUUGCCAUCGCAUUGGGUAAAAUGUUCACGUCGAGACCAGAUGAUUUACCAGAUACAAUGAAGCUAGUUAUGUUACAAAGCGAAUAUUUGAAGCAGAACUACAUGAGCCAGGUGUACUGUAGAGGUAGAAAUCUUGUCUUUCCUCUCCGCCAGUCAUACGAUGAUGCAUUGAAGACGGUAGAUGUAUUAGCUCUACCAACCAUUCCAUUCACAGCCACUAAGCUUCUCCAGAAAGGGACAACGAUGCAAGAAUACUUCAAGAACUGCCUUGAGAUGGCCCAUAAUUCAAUUGGCUUUAAUCUGACUGGUCACCCCGUUCUCAGUGUAAAUGCAGGAUUCAUCGAUGGUUUACCUGUAGGUCUUACGCUAGUUGGAAGACACUAUGAUGAACUUACCGUCUUUAAGGUUGCACAGGCCAUUGAGAACGUCAGAGAUUCUGCCAAUUAAGUGAAUAUUCUUCUUCGAGUGCACACUAUUGAAAAAACCCAUUAGGCUAUCCAAAUGUGUUAUAUGCCUGUUGGAAAAUUAUAAAUUUGCAUUUUUUUACAGCCGUGCACAUAAUGCAGGUUAAUGAGGUUAUUGAGAUUUUGUAAAAUAAGUGAAUAGAAUCUUGGAAUCAAUCACAUUCACUCCAUCUAUUAUCUCAUUGAUUCAUCUCGUUCGAAAUUUCUCGUUGAAACUGCUUGUUGAAUCAUGGGGAACACAAUCAUCGUCAAGGUUGCAUUGUCAGGCAAUUGAAAAACGACUUGUGUGAGAUUCUUCACAAUUAUUGAACUUCGCCCCCGACUCCGCCAUGCUCUUUUUUUUAAAUUAAUUUACUUAACUUUCUCUGUGAACAGUUUCACAGGAAAACAAUUCUUUAUAAUGAAGCUAAAUGGGCUCUUCUAAUCAAACACACUUCGUAAUUUAGCGCCCCAAUUUUUCUGUAGAUUCCCUCCCCUACUCAAUUUAGAGAUGAUGAUAGAAGUAGAUCAUUCCCAAUGUGAGCUAUAAUAUUUUUCGUAUCGAUUAUUCGAAUGAGGCAGAUGUAUAAUCAUCUCAUACAAUUAUGUUUAUUGAUAUUUCAGUUAUUUUUGUUUAAAGGGCUUAAGGCUGGAAAUACUAAUAUCUGAAUUUAAAGUGUUAAACUAAAGUAAAAAUAAAAAUCAUCAAAAUUUCAUAAAAGUUUAAAGAUCAAGGCUACCUCAUAAAAAUGUUGAUUUCAAUCAAAAGAGAAAAAUCAGACAAGCAUGAUGCUGAAAAUUUCAUCAAAAUCGGAUAUUAAAAAAAAAAAAAAAAAAGUUAUUACAUUUAAAAAUUUUCGCUUGUUCACACGCAAAUGAGAAAAUCGAUGAUGUCCAUGACUAUUUCUUUUGUUUUUAUUUUUUGAAUUAUACAAUAUUUCAAUUUUUACAGAUUUGACAAUAAGGACCAGCUUGACUGAACCAUAUAAUGUUAAACAAUGGUGAUUCCACAUGUUCAGUGAGAAAUAAAACUUUGUUUUACAGGACAAUGGGGAGAAAAUUAGAAUAUUUCAUAUUUAUUAAAAUAAAAUACAAAAGAAAAAGUGAGUGAGUGAUGUCAUCAUUUCCCUCUUUUGCAUUCCGACCGGGAUGAGCAUAUAACUAUUGUGUGAAAUAAAGCAAAAGUGAAAAAUUUCAUAACUUUCUUAUUUUGCAUCCGAUUUUGAUGAAAUUUUGAGUGUUAUGCUCGUUUGGUUUUUCUCUUUUUAUUAAAAUCAACUUUGUUUCGGACUUGACCUUAAACGAAAUUAGUGAAUCCCAUUAUUCAGCAAUACAUUUUCUGAAAACACAAGUCAUGACUAACAAACUGCCUGCAUGCCGUCAUGAAUUUCUAAUAGGUGGGCUGUAUAAGUUUUAGCAGUGAUGAUCUUAUACAUCAGAACAGUAGUCAAUCCUAUCAGCAUGAUCCAUUACUUCUUGCCGAUAACUACAGUACUUGUAUAACUAAACAUGAUUAUUCUAGAAUAUGAAUUUAUUCCUAAACCCGACUUUAACAUUGACUUGUAUUUCAAAUACUUGUGUAUUGUACAUUUUUGAGUGAACCAUGUAUACCUGAGUUGGAAUUAUUUCCUCAUGUUGACAUGUUUUCAUCAUAUUUUGUUUUGUUCUGUGUAUAUACAUGUGUGUAUAAACCAGUGAAAAAAGAAUUUCCUUUAUGGACAAUAAAGUUAUUCUAUUCAGUUCAGUUCAAUUAUAUUUUUACAUUCUUAUCGAUGGUGAAUAAACAUUAUUUCACAUAAUAAAGUACAAAAGAAUAAGUGUGUGUGUAGGGGGGGGGGGUGAAAUCCAUCAGCUCGAUUAGUACAUAAUUAUUCAUGAUGACAUGUAUAAUGCUAAACAUUAAAAUGGCUUAACAUUAUUGCUCCAUGUCAAAUUUAAAGAAAAUUUAGUGUGGAGUUUGGUUUUCUGGCUAGAAUAUAUACCCCUUUAAUGAAUUAGAUUGUAAUUACUUAUUUUUUUUGUAGUGUUCUGUUUUGUCGUAGAGAAUAUAUACCGAAGGAUAGAAAAUCAUUAUGAUGUAUUAUAUAAUUAUUAAAGAUAUCAUAACUAAAUUUAUCCUAACUAAUAUCAUAUCAAUCAUAUGAAAUAAUUAUAAGUCCAAAACACCAUCGAUAGUCUCAUCUGAUGUCACAAUUUACGGCGUAUUGCGUCACUCAUUAUAGGGAGUUAUGGCAAUCGCUAUGCAGAACAGUAUCUGGAACGGGGAGAAUCUAUUGUCAAAUGCCCUUCAUUACAAUGAAGUCUUUAUCGAAAGUCGGUGAAUUGAAACAACAGUUUCGUCCGUGACAUCGACAUCGGACAAAAUGACAUAUUUGCCUUUUUGUCAGCUCCAAAACGUCGGACCAUACUACUGUUCCGAUUCACCAAUUUUCAAAACAAACUAUAUUACCAGUAAGGUGAUAAUUGUGUUGAAUUAUUGAAAAAUAAAUAUCUUGCCACAGUA